AUGGAAAGUUCAUUAAAGUUGUGCUCAAUCACAAUAAUCUCUCGAUAUCAUAAAUUCCAUCGUAUUCUAUGGCAUGAAAUGACCAAAAACACGCUUCAUUAUAGAGCACAUUGUUUUUCGUCGAUAGUAACUAUGUAUACAGAAGACGAUAUUGAAAUUUUUCUUAAAAAACUUCAUGAAUAUCAAAAUCAAGCAUCACUCACUGAUGAAAAACAAUCGUUUAUAUCGACCAUUGACAAAAAUACGUUAAAAGAUCUCGUUCAACAAGAUUCAGUUUAUCGGCAUAAAGCUAUUCGACUUAUCGCUGAAAUUUGUAAAGAAGAAUCCGUCCGUAAGGAAUGUGUGCAAUUAGAUUUCGUCUCUCCGCUCAAGUCUUGUUUACAAUCGAAUAAUCUUCAAGAAAAAGUCGAAUCAUGCCGUGCGAUCGGAAACAUGUGUUAUGAAAAUGCUGAUGGUUGUGAAUUGGUAUUAAACACAAUUGGCGUCGGUAUUCUAUUCGACAUAUGUCGAUAUGCUUGCCAAAGACCUGAUAAUGCACAACUGCGGAUGAUAAUCUUAGGUGCAUUACAUAAUAUCAUUAAUUCGAAUGAGAAAGUCGCAGAAGUGAUAUUCAAGGAAGAUUUAUUCAAAAUUUUUCUUCUGUUUAUGCCAUAUUUAUCGGAACCGAGAGUUUUACUGUUUUUGUUUUCAAUUUGUUCGAAUUUGACCGAAUACGAUACAAAUUGUCAACAGCUGCUCGCCAGUCAUUUGUUAGCUGAAAUUGGAAAUCAUAUAACCGAAUCGGACAUCUAUGAAAAUCGGACAGUGAUUUUACCUUAUCUACUUGAAGCUUGUGAAGAAGAUGGUGUCAAAGAAGAACUAUGCUCAUCACUAUUUUAUUACAAACUAAUCAGUUUAUGUGAAAAAUACGAUGGGAAAGAUGAAGAAUUCCUUCGUGAAACAUGUUACAUUCUUGUUGUUCUUAUUACAACCGAUAAAUCUAUCGAUCAGUUAUUAAGUUCUAAGCAACAUGACCUACUCGAAUAUGGAAUUUCUUGGUUAGAAAAGACAAAUCUACAAUUGACGAUGACCGGUGCAUUGAUCAUAACAAACUUAACGCGGAACGAUCAAUCAGCGAUUAGUCUCUUAGCGGAUCAACGCAAACCUCAUGUAAAGUUAGUUGAACAGUUAAAGAGGUUUUCAGACCAACUAGAAAACAAACUGGAAUUAAUGACUGAUGAACAAGCGAAAGCUGCGCAUGGAAUCUUAGGCGCGUUAAGAAAUCUCGCUGUACCAGUUGCCAACCGACCGUUAUUAGUCGAAAGUCAGGUUUUGGAUCAUGUCACCCCAUAUAUAUUUACAAAGAAUUUCAACGGUGAAAUUGCUUAUAAAGCAACCGGUGUGAUUCGUUUUCUUCUUCGUGAUGCAAAAGAAUCUUCGAAGUUAAUAAUUAUCAAAGAUGCUAAUCUACAACAAAUCGUUGCUAAUAGUAAUUCAAUGCAUCCCGGUGCACAGUUUGAAUCUCGUCGUGUAUUAUUUCUUUUACCCGUGGCUUUGAAAACAAAUGAAGUGAUCGAAUCUUUAGCACGAAACAAUGCAUUUCCAUUGAUCACCUCGACAUUGGCUUCGUGUGAAGUCCAAGCAAAUCGUGGAAUAAUUCAAAAUGAAGCACUGAUUGCACUGAAUAUCAUCAUGAUGUUAGCAAACCAAUCGAUUUGUGAGAAACUUCAAGAAGCGAAUUUUCAUGACAAUUUUAAAGAAUUCUUGAAACAAGAUAUUCAACAUGCCGAAGUGGUUAAUAACAUUCUUCAAUUGAUCCAUUUGAUCAAAAGACAAAAAAAUUUUCUCACAAACGAACAACUACACGAAUAUAAACCGCUAUUAGAAGAUCUUCGUUCGAAACAAAACUGUGCUGGAAAGGGACUGGUCGAUCGGACAUUGGAAAUUCUUACAAAUGAACUGGAAUAG